CCAGGGUGCAUGGGACAGCAACAUGACCAAGGAGCAAUCCGCCACCAUCUUCGGGCUAACUGCGGUGCUGUCCUCCAAGCAGAUCUACAACAUCAACAUGCAGAUACAAGAAGAUAAGGUGGAGAAUCUGGCCUACUUCAUGCGCUUUGCACAGGCGGCUUUGAGUAAGGCCGCGGCAGACAUGGAGCGUGAAGGCAAAGGGCCUAGCCGCGAGGACAUCGAUCGACCAUUCCAGUCUCUGGACUUUCUGGUGAGAGACUGGCGUCAUUUCAGGGAUGAUUGGACCGUGGAACAGUGCAAAGAGCAGAUGGAGCAGCACUUGUCCAGGCAUGUGAAUCCUCAAAAGAUGGUGGAGAACAGUACUGCCGAGGCUUUGCAUGCCAUGUUCAAGCGGCUGAACUGCUUUUGCAUGCCUCAUCCUGGUUUGAUCAUCGAAAAGGACACCUGGUCCGGCAAUGUCUCUGACAUCAGCAAGGACUUCAUUCGAUUCAUGGAUCUUUACGUUCGUGAUGUCUUCUCAAUAGGACUGAGCACCAAGAAGAUCUUGGGCUCGGAAUUGAGUACGAUGAGUUUUCCAUUGGUGCUGCGUGAUUUCGUCAGCGCCUUUCACGACGCGGCUCCUGCGGCCAUGUCCUUCACCCAGGCCAUGACCAACUGCACAGUGUUGCUGGCAAAGGAGCAAGCGAUGAAGAACUACACGAAGAAGAUGACCGAGGAAGCUCAGAGGCAUCCUCGCGGAAUGAAGCCUGAAGAAUUCGAUUCCUUGAGCAGAUCAAUUACAAAGCAACUGGAGGAUGACUUCAAAUCUGUGACCAUCUUUGGGUCUGAUGAUACCAGGAAAAGCACCUGGAAUGAAAUCCUUGAGAACCUUACCACUCUUCAAAAGCAAUAUGCUGAAGAGAACUCCAGACGAUUAGAAAAGGCCCUAGUAGCCUUUGCCAAUCUUUGCCUGCUGGGUUUGGUGCUUUUCAUCUUGGACCGAAUCAGUGACUGGGUGUGCGAUUGGUGGUCAAAGACAUGUACAGAUCUGAGCAAGCUUAUGCUGCUCGCAUAUGUGGUGAUCUUUGGCUACGUGGGUGUCCAAGCAUACCUCGCAUUGCACGAUCGCAGUCGAGUGGCUGCAGCAAUGGCUGGCGGCGAGCUCUGGAAAGAGAUGGUAAGGUUGACGGGCGUGUAUGGUGAACAGAUCCAGGAGAUGAACUUCAAAGAAUUGGUAGAUUUAGCCAAGAAGGUCCUGUCCAAGCCGGAUGCAGGUUCAAAUGACGCCUCCAGCAAGAAGGAGGACUGAGCCAGCACCUGAGUCACCCAUGUCGUCAGCGAGACACAAAA